AAUCAAAAGUGACAGUAACAAAAAUGGCGUUUAUUGGAGAGGACGCAAAACCUUUAUGGCACAACGGACCGUCACCCGGCGCAUUUUAUCAUUUCCCAGGCAGCCAGUAUGGCACCGGUGGAAUCCAAAAAUCACAAUCUCCGAUAACAACUGGCACGUCUGUUGUCGGUAUACAGUUCAAAGACGGAGUUCUCAUUGCAGCUGAUGUCCUCGGAUCUUAUGGAUCUCUGGCUCGUUACAGAAAUCUAGAACGUAUCAUGAAAGUGAAUGAUAACGUCAUUCUUGGUGCAUCUGGAGAUUACGCAGAUUUCCAGUGCAUCAAGAGUAAUGUGGAAAGAAAAAUCCUGGAAGAACAAUGUUUGGAUGAUGGAUUCAGCUUAAAGCCAAAAGCUCUGCAUUGCUGGUUGACGCGUGUCAUGUAUAACAGACGGUCGAACUUUGAUCCGUUCUGGAAUAAUUUUGUGAUUGCUGGCUUGGAAAAUGGAGAACCAUUUUUGGGAACUGUAGAUAAGCUUGGCACAGCUUACAACGAUCCAGUGAUUGCGACUGGAUAUGGUGCUUACAUGGCAACUCCUAUACUAAGAAAAGCCUACGAGGAGAACAGCCAAAUGAGCGAAGAAGAAGCCAUUCAACUCUUAUACAAAGUAAUGCAGGUUCUCUUUUACAGAGACGCCAGGUCUUUCCCGAAGGUAAAUAUUNGUGUCGUCACGAAGGAAAAGGGAGUAGAGAUACAAGGACCACUAACUCUGGAUAGUUAUUGGGGACCUGCGAUCUUGUAAAACCAAUGUUCUCUUAUCUCUUUAUAGAAUAAGUUAUAAUAAAAAAAGUUCAUAUAUACGGUAUAAAAAUCACGAAUCGAA